AUGUGGUUUUGUGAGAACCUAUAUACUGCUCUUCCAAUAAUGAAUUCAAAUGAAUCAGUAAUUAUUAGUGACCAUGAAAAGCUAGGAAGCAAAAUUUGGGCUGUGGCAAAAUCAUUGCAUAUAGAAAGUUUUAAUGAAAUUAUGGAAGAAAUUUCAGAUCUACUCUUUGCAAAUGUCCUUAAAAUAGAUUUGGACAUCUUACAUCAAAUGUUUUUAAAUCCUUUAAUUUCUGUGAAUACAGUUUUACUACCAAAUACUAUGCAACAACUUCAAUCUGUUAUUGACAAAUGUCAUAACCAAAUGGUGUAUCAAGCUAAUGAAUCAGUUUUUGAAGUAAAAAGCAAUAAUGAUAACUUUCGUGUUGUAGAUCUUACAUUAUCAACCUGCACUUGCCAAUAA